CUUUAACGGAAUGAUAUGAACAUGAACUGUAAAUUGAUCAUGUUGGAAUGGGAAGAAGUAGAAGAUUGUGCUACAGUGCUGACUGCUCACUAAAAAGAGACUACAUCAAGAAGACAAGCAAGGGACGAAGAACGAUUCUGUCAAAACGAGGGUAUCAGUUCUUGAAGAACGUGAUGUUAACGAUAGCACCUGGCUAUAGUAGAAUAGUACCAGGGUUGGCAUGUAGAAGAAGAUGAUCCAGUAGAGACAGCGUCCGACCUACUCCGAAGAGAAAGACGAGUCAAAACAUUCAGUACUAAUUGUGACGACAUUUUUUAUACUCGGAGUAGACGAGGGAUAGACCACAAAUUUUGCGUCGUCUCUUUGCGUUGCUAUUUCCUGCGGACGAAUUCAUCCUAGCCUGGGACUCAUACUUCUGAUUGCAAGUGCAACGUUGUAUUUCUCGGAUUGCGUGCGCUCCACCUGCUCCAGUUCUUUCGUGGUAGCAAAGAGGCGAGGUGGAACCUCGAGUAGAGAAGCUGCAUCUCAACGUCGAUAGAGGGCUGCGGCUGCAGAGGCGAAGGCGAUUGGACGCCCACUAGUCGCCAGAACAUCUUCGCUCGAAAACACUCAGUGGAGUUUUGCUGAAGGCAAUCACUCAACCUCCUUGCGGCGACGCUGACGCAUGUAGCCUUGUCGUAGAAAGACAUUGCAACAAGAAAAUAUCGUCGCUCAGAACACGCACCAAAACAACGAAGUGAAUACUGCUUCACCAGCAAGGGGCGGAACAGCGUGAGUGAUUUUCAACGGAAACCUUGUCAAAGGAAGCACCGUUGGUCGGCAUUGCUGUGCACCCAGCUCGUCACCGAAGAUUGAUACUGCUUCAUCGUUGUCGUAGCUCUUCGUCUUCGUGGCUAUAAGCGAUUGCCUAGGUGUCCAGGGCCAGUAAGUUCCAGAGAUGACGUCAAUUGUGAGGCAGUCAAGUUUCCGGCAUGUGUGGGGCGAUCCCUGGAAAUCAAAAUGGGAGGACCUCAGACCAGCAACAAAAGUGAGCUAGAACUAUUGCGACAAGUUAAUUUUAAUUUGUAAGCAUGCCUGUAGAUUUUCUUAGUUAAUAUGGUGCGAAAAAACAGUGAUUUGCAUUUUGUUCGACUACUUGCUUCCUUUAGUAAUUCAAGUUCAGCUGCUUGUGCUUCUGCCACCUCUGCUUCUGCAGUUAGGAAAGAACAAAAUUCACAGGUUUCGGAGUCGUCGGGGGUUAAAGCGAACAGUCAAUUCGUCGCAAUACCAUGGGGCACAGGCGGUGGCGGAAAUAUCUGUCUUCUAGACUGGACAAAAACCGGGCGAAUGCCUCCUAGUCUGCCUGUCGUUUCUGGGCACCAAGGUGGCAUCUUAGACUUCGAAUUCAGCCCCUUCGAUGAAAACUUGAUAGCAUCGGCGAGCGAAGACUGCUUUUUCAGGCUGUUUAGAAUACCGCAGGGCGGGCUCAAGGAGAAUUUGAAAGAAAGCGUCUGUGAAAUACAGCAUCCGAAGAAGGUACAACAACUGCAUUUACGGACUACAGCUACACUGUCAUAGAAGAUAAAUAAGAUUUGAGCGGCCACUAUUUACUAAAUUUCCACUUACAGAACGGUGCUAUAGCUCUACUUUCCACCUUCUAUCGUGAAUAAUGUAUUAUUUUCCAUCGACUAUGCAGACGUACGAUGGCCCUCCACCAGGUAUCUCUCCUGAAUCACAAUCCUGUAGCAGCCUCAAUAGUGGCAACGGGUGCCUAUGACCACGUUGUCCGCAUCUUGAACGUGGAGACGCAGGACAGCAUAGCAGAAGUGCAGUUCUCAGACCUGCUACAGCACAUUCGAUGGAACGCAGAAGGCAGCUUGUUGACGGUUUGUUGCAAAGACAAAUUCAUUCAUGUAGUGGAUCCUAGGGUAAAAAAAGGCGUAGUUGCUCUUAACAAAGCGCACGAAGGCGUUAAAAGCAUGAAGACAGUGUGGCUAGACGGGCCCAACCAUAGAUCAGGUAUCUAUAUGAUCAUGUGGACUUUUUCUUAUUCUGCAAGGGUGUUCUAGUGCAUCGAAAUUGUUUUCUAAGUAACUCUGAGAAUUGCGAUUACGAGGUGCAUGACAAUGAAUCAUGUGCAAACCAAGAACACCCCACCGCAUCGAUCUCCUUCUAUUUCUUAGAUAAGAUCGUUUGGUUACGUCGAAUCUGCGAAUAUUACAUAAACACAUCUUGGCUCGCCUAUACACCUGCUUCUGUAUCAUUAACCAACAUUUUUACUGUUUCAAUCCUCAGACCGAAUCCUCACAACGGGUUUUUCCGGCAUGGCAGAGCGCCAGGUAGCGAUUUGGGACUUGAGAAAUUUUACAGCAGAUCCAAGCGGUGGAGAACCAUUACAUCGCUUGCCACUAGACCAGGGAACAGGCGCAUUGUUUAAGGAAUAACUUUGGUCUUAGAUCAAUCAUGUACAGUUUUCAUUUUUCAAGUUCUUCAGUUUUCUACAAGAACGUCCUCCUCAUGCUGGAGUUGGUGCACGUGCACGACAACUUCUUUGAGUUACAGCACUGACUUGUACUUGUAGUGGAUCUACUUCUACUCAGACUCAGGCUCGCUCACCUUGUUCUAAUCCCUUCCCCUUCUACGAUGCGGAUACACGGAUGCUGUAUAUUGCGGGGAAAGGAGACGGCAACGUCAAGUAUUUCGAAAUCGUCGAAGAACCACCGUUUUUUCAUUACAUCACGGAUUUCAGAUCCACGACACCGCAGAAGGGAUUUGACUUUUUUUAUGACUUUCCUAUUCCUGGUUGCUAGUACUUACUAAUUGAAGUUGGACAAGAUCAAGAAAGACCAAGAUCGAGAGUAGAUUGAAAUUGAUUUCUUUUCAGCGAAUGUGAAUGAAACAUCCAUGCAUCUUUAUAGUAGCUACAUGUACAUACUACAUGCGUCUCAAUCACUGAGUAAGUACAAGUAAGAGUAGGUGGACGUUUUGUUCUACCUUCACUCUCGUCCUGUUGAACAAUGUUUUCUAAAGCUUACCAAAGUACGCUGUGGAUGUGGGCAAGAAGGAGAUCAUGCGUGGAGUAAAGUGCGAGUCGAACGCUGUCCAAGCAAUAUCAUUUUAUGUGCGUAAUCCAAAUAGCGAACUAACUUGUGAUGACUUUCUUAGUCCCUGAGUAUGCUGGAGCUAAAACUAAAAGUGGCUCCGUCAUUCUCUAUUCAAUAGACAGAGAAAGGACGAGUGACAGACCCAAAGACUCCGAUACUCUACUUCAAAAACCUUUACGUUGACCACGAACCAGUCUCAUAUCAGAGAAGGUCAGAUGAAAAGGAGACACAAUCACAAAUGCACAUGACAAAAACUUCUAAUGAGACCAGGUACCUCGAAAGAGCGAAGCCUUUCAGAGUGACUUAUACCCGGACACCUUCGCACCAGUAGCGGCACUCUCAGCGGACGAGUGGGAAGCAGGCGUUUCCAAGCAGAGACAAAGAAUCUCGAUGAAUCGGAGUUAAGGUGAUAAAUUGUAAAUGAUUUCGCAGGUUUUGUUAAUCAAGCUGUAAUAUUGAAUGAUUUGCGGCUGCAAGAUCAAGAAAAGUCGGGUCUUUUUUCCUCCUGAUUGUUUUCUAAUGCAGCGAGGCGGGCAGCGUGACCGGUGACAUGCUCAUGCAGAUGCAGGCUGCAACGGCAACACCAAAAAUAAAGUCUGUCCGCGAGUACAAAGAAGAGCUCGGCGCCGCGUACACUAGAAUUCAGGAACUAGAGGCAGAAAAUGCAGCUCUGAAGGCACAGUUGGGCAUUUCCUAGCACAAAACUAGAGCAAAAAAGUUUUCAGGAUAGAAAAUAUGUGUCGGUGUCUUCGGGAAGACCACAACUUCUUUGAUGUCUGCACGAGCAUCGUCCUUCUGAUGAAGACACUGGCAGCUCUAAACUUCUGAAUGACAUCAAUAUUUUCUGUGACUCCUAAGCCACAUCGCCUCUACCACAUUCCGCGCGACGGUUAUGGAGGCUACCCACUAUGCUCCAACGCAACCUUAUCCACCAAGCCUAGCACUGAAUCAUAAUCAGUGACGCGCCACGUCAUUUACGACUACAACAGCAUAGCCACUGCCCAACAUUUACACAGAAGUUACCAGUCUCUCGAUAUUCCGCUGCAAUACACCGAGGAUAAACCUUUUCACCACGUGCCACACGCCAUCGCGAGAGGACCUUUAUAUUAGUUACCUACCUGUACCUGCUUUGUGGUAGCGGUAGGACGAAUGCAUAAUUUUUACAGGUCUUCAUGUUGAGGAGGACGGUAUUCAUGUCAUGGAAAUAUUAGUUCCCUACAUGCUUAAGGGCUACUAGGGUUUAUGCACCUUCUGCAACUCAUACUGAAAUACGAGGUUGAGUACUCUGGAUGAUUGACAUCAAUAUGGCGGUAAAAUGCUGCUAAUGUUGUCUGUGUUACAAUUGCUUUUUGCUUUCGCAAUCGCUGCACUGAUUCUGAUUGGUCUAUCUGUGCCUUGUUGUUUGUCAUGUAUGAAAUCAACGGUGUAUACGUUGACGACACCCGACUUCCGGUAUGUGCCGCUUAGGGUCAAGACCCCUAGCAACCUC